AUGGCCCACGUGCCCCGUACCCGUUCCGUGCCCCCCAUCACCGGUACCGUCGCUGCGCCUCGCCACACGGCGCCGUUCAGGUCCCGCAGCCUGCCCCUUAGCCCUGUCCUGUCGGUGCCCCAGGCUGGCCCCCAAUGCCGCGCCCUUGAGCCGCCUGUCCCGGGCCCGUGUCAUGCCCAGAGCCGCCCGGUUCCAUCUGAGCCGCCCGCUCUGCUCCGAGGCCCCGGCAUCUCAGCCUUCCCCGUCGUGUUAACCAGUCGGCCAUCUCCGCAGGGCCCCGCCCCGUCUGUCCCGCAGCGCCGGCCCCUAUUCGCAGCCGUCUGUCUCGUUCCUACGACGGCCCACGCCGACUACUUCGAAGCCUCCGCCAGCCUCCCAGGUAGCCGCCCAGAGCCGGGCCCCCCAUCAGGAGCCGCACAAACGAUCCACGCCCGCCAGUCAGGAGCCGCCAGCACCGCGCCCGCCAGUGACAGGAGCCGCCACAGACCAGAAGUGCCCCAGGGCCGCCCCAGAGCCGCCCGCCAGCAGGAGCCACAGACCGCCCGCCAGUCAGGCCAGCCCGCCAGGAGCCGCCCGCCAAGUCAGGAGCCUGGCAGAGCCAUCCGCAGUCAGAGAGCCGGCCAAGCAACCGCCAGUCAAGAGCUGCAGGAGCCGCCCUUCAGCCGGAGCUGCCCUUUCCAUCCGGGAGCUGCCCUUCAGUCGGAGCUCGCCUCAGUCCGAGCUAUCUCUCAGGCCUGA